CUCUGCACCUUCGUGUACCAUCUUGACUCUGCUCACUGAAAGAUUGUGAAGAGUAGCAGGCCGCCAUGUCGAGAUUUGGAGUUUCUUCCUUUGCUCGAUGACCAUAUUACGACCACAGCGGUUUCCGAGAAAUAUCGCGUGCUUUGCUAUACCAGUCUGCCGAUAGUUGACCAACACCUUACGAUGGCCGGUCCGAGUCAGGAUCUCGAGGCGGUGAUGAGCCGGGAGUCCAAACGAGAGGCGGACGUCCAAGUCAUCGAGGCCCAAUCUCCCAUCUUGACUAAGUCCUGGCUCGACAAGACCUUGAAGUUCCUAUCCGCCUCUGGCAUCGAGCUACGCGGAGUCCAGCCCGUGCCCGAGAAUCUGAGGACCGACUCGGCGUUCAACAAAGUCUUCACCAUCUGGUGUACGAGUUUGAUAUGUCCUCUGCCAAUCGUCACGGGCAUCGCGGGCACGCUGUCCUUUGGCAUCAGCUUACAGAACACUGCACUCUUCUGCAUCUUCUUCUCUUUACUCCUGUGCAUCCCGCCCGCCUACAUUUGCACCAUUGCGCCGCGGACGGGCUUACGGCAGAUGAUUCAAGCGCGCUACACCUUUGGCAUGUAUCCCAACAUUCUCAUCGCUGCGCUGAACAUGACGACCCUCGCUGGCUACCAGAUCAUCACACUGGUAGCAGCAGGCCAAAUAUUGGCCGCGGUGGCCGACAAUCACAUCAGCCAGACCGUCGGCAUCGUCAUAAUUGCCAUCUGCGCCAUGAUUCCCGCCUUCUGGGGCUUUCAAUUCCUCCACCAUUACGCUCGAUGGGCCUGGAUUCCCGCCUUGAUCGCCAUCGUCAUCACCGCGGGUGCGGGUGGUAGCAAAUUGAAGCAUCAAGCCCCGACACAGCCACUCACUGCUCCAACUGCAAUCACCUUUAUCAGUCUGAUUGCCGGCUACAUGCUCUCCUACUCCUCCGUGAUAGGAGAUGUCGCCGUCUACCUGGGCCCGAAGGCGCCCUCUUGGCGCAUCUUCUUCUACGCUUGGCUGGGCAUCUGUCUUCCCUCCAUCUUCCUCAUGGUCCUCGGAGCAGCCAUUGGCGGAGCUGUCCCCAGCGUUCCAAGAUGGGCAGCGGCAAACGAGCGUGAUGCCGUUGGUGGCAUCCUCGUCGCCAUGCUUGAGCCCCUUGGUGGGUUUGGAAAGUUUGUCGCGGUACUACUGGCGUUCAGCAUCGUUGGACAGAUUUCACCCGGCUUCUACUUCGUUUCACUCAACUUCCAAAUCAUCUGGCCGGGGUUCGCCAAGAUUCCACGCAUUUUGUUCGUUGUCGCCAUUACGGCGGUGGAUAUUGGGAUCGGCAUCAAAGCGGCUCAAUCUUUCUUCAACUCCCUCGAAGACUUCCUCGGCAUCAUUGGCUACUGGAGCGCAGCCUUUGUCGGAAUCAUGCUGACGGAAUGGCUGUAUUUCCGACGCGCCAAACCCGAAUCAUACGACCAUGCAAUCUGGAACGAUGCGAGAGCAUUGCCAUCCGGACUUCCCGCCAUCCUUGCAUUUCUUCUACCUUUUGCAUUAGUGGUUCCUUCGAUGUCGGAGGUGUGGUACACUGGGCCCAUUGCCAAGCAUACCGGCGACUUGGGCUUUGAAUUCGCACUUGUGGUCAGCAUUCUGCUUUAUUUGCCGUUGAGGAUGUUGGAGUUGAGGAUGAUUCGUCGAUGGAAGACGAAGGACGAUGCUUGAUAUUGUAAUGCGUAAUGUGUUAGAAAAUGACCUAGAGUAACGUCGAAAUUUACCAUACUACGACUCGACUGCCC